AAUUUAAGUCGCACAGUAGUAGAGUACAAACCUCUACUAGUGGAUAAAUUAUUGAUUGUCUGAAAUCAAGAUACAUACAGUAGUAGAGUACAAAUCCUAAUAUAAACCCAUUCAUCAACUCACACUUUUCUCAUCCAACAACAAAAGAAGAAGCUUAGAAAAGCAAAAGCAACUAAGUGUCUCUAUUUUCUUAGCACACACAAAAAGAAGAAAAAAGCAGGAGACAAUGGUUUCGGCUCUGAGAUUCUUCACAUGUCUUGUCUUGGCAGUGUGCAUAGUUGCCUCAGUAGAUGCAGCAAUCUCAUGUGACACAGUGGUAAGUAGCUUGGGUACUUGUUACGUUUACCUAAGGCAAGGCGGGAUUGUGCCGUCUUCAUGCUGUGGGGGAGUAAGAAAUUUGAACGGUAUGGCUCAAACCACACCAGAUCGUCAACAAGCAUGCAAAUGCGUACAGUCCUUUACAAAAUCUGUCCCUGGUUUCAACCAAAAUAUAGCAUAUGGGCUUCCUGGAAAGUGCGGUGUUAGCCUUCCCUAUCCCAUCUCCAAUAGCAUGAACUGCGACAACGUCAAGUUAAGCGGAACUCAUGUAUCAUCGUGAGGAUGAAGAGUAUGGUCUACAAUAAGUAAAAUGAAUUAAUGGUUUACAUACUCGCUGAUUCAUCAUGUCCGACUUGUCUUGUUUUUAUAUUGUUGUUGAAAAAGUUUGUCUAUGUUACUUUGUAAUAUUUUGCUGUACAUUGUAUCUUAAUUAUGUUUAAGAGAUGACUACACUGUAUUCAUCAA